AUGUCUCAGAUGCGCCGCUCAGUCCUCAAAGCGCUCAACGACGUGUCCUCUCGAGGGGUGAUGCGUAAUACGCCUCAGCGUCACGCAUCCGCGUUAUCCUCAGCAGCCACUGCAGAGGAAUACGAGGCACUCACACUCCCACCUAUCUUCGACAUCUUCGAUGCCCCGACCAGACUGGGAGAAUCUAGCAAGCAGCUCGGUAGAACGAGCUCUGCACCUUGCGCCGCUGCUAUCGGCGCCACCCAACGGAGCGGUGAAAAAUCACGAAACACCUCCAUAGACGUUUCUAACACUGUAUCACCAUUUUCGCUUCCUCCGCCUCUUGUUUUCGACGGUCCUGCGCGUCCCCCCCAUCUUAUGCAUCUCGCGCUUGAAAAGCGCCGCAAACUGCGGCAACGAUUAUCACCAUCUUUGAGUCGGACCACUCAUACUCCUUCCAUCAGUUAUACCCCCUCACCCGAGCCUCUCCUUGAAAUAUUCGAUGGACCCUCUCGAAUUACACGAUAUAAGUACCCAACGUCUCCUCGCUCACAGACAUCCACUAAACCAUACAUUUGGUUGUUCUUGGGUAUCUCAGGAGCAUUUGGCUGGGUCGCAUUCAACAGCGAGUUGAAUAGCAGCAAGGAACGCAACAAGGACGCUUUCCUAGCUUAG